AUGAGCCAUCGUCUAAGCUGUCUGAGGAAGACCUGCACACCUUCAAAGUUGAGCCCUCUGAAACAAAACCAAGGAAGGCAAAGUAGAAGACUGAAUGGCCGCCAUGACUGCAGCCGCUGCAGCCAUCACUGCUGCUGCCGUUCCAACCACAUUGAAAGCUUUGCCAGCUAUUUCACCACGGUGCUGAAGCAAGUCCACAUGGGCUUGAGUCUCUCACAGGAGGCCGUGAACAACACGAAUUCCUUCAUGAUGGAUAUUUUCAAGCGCAUUGCCAAAGAGGCUGGAUGCCUGGCCCGCAACAAGAGCCGCACGAUCACCUCCGGAGAGAUACAGACCUCUGUGCACUUGCUGCUGUCUGGGGAGAUCAGCAAGCACACCAUGUCAGAGGCCACCAGAGCAGUCAUCAAAUACGCUACCAGCAGAUAG